AUGCUCUCUCUGUGGAAUCUUUAUCUUCUCCUCCCCCUCUCCUUGCCUCUCUCAUUUCAUGUCACAGUCUUAACUGGAGAAAAUGUGAAGGAAACACAACAACCAGACACUGACACAAAGGUGCAGAAUCUUGCACAGCCCUCACAAAGACCUCAUGGAUCUGGUUUAACACCAGGGAAUGCCAUGUUUUUACCUGAGAGUAUCGAUUCGCUGGGUCUACCAAUAACUUGGCCCUUAUCGUCAUCUGAGGAAAUUGAUAGACAAGGGGUUAUUGGUGAAUACACUGAUAUACAGGAGAGCUCAGAGACAUCGCUGUUAUAUGACAGAUCAGACCAAGACUCCACUUCACCACUGUCCAGUGGACCUGGCACCAGCCUUGACUACAACUCUCCAUCCGUAGCUACUGGCAGUUGGGGAUGGACUACGGGCUCUUCUGUUAACACACAGGGGAAAAUACAGGAGGAUACUCUCCCAGUGAAAGGAACUGGGCUUGGUGUAAAUAAUGUAGAUGAUAUUCAACAAAAAGGAGCUGUCAUGGAGACAGAAGAAGAUGACUCCAAGGAUGAUGACGGGCAGGUCUCAAAGGCCAGUAGCACUCUCCUUCUUGAUGGUAACAUCGACACAUCAGCCACACCCUGUAAAACAUCAAACCAGUCCUGGACUCCCAUUUACCCAGAUGACUUCACCCCUAAUGAGUCUUUGCGCCCCUCACUGGCUCUCAGCCCUGCCCUUUCCAUCCCUCUGUAUUCGGACUGGAACUCUGCCCUCGCCACAUGGGGGUUUGCUUGGGAAGCACACAUCUAUGGCUUAGGAUCUGUCUUUAGUGUGUUUGGACUAAUCUCUGUGGUCUGCCUGCUAGGCCUGCCCCUGCGAUGUCCUUCAGGAAGCCUCUACUUCGCUCUGCUGCACUUGUUCCUGCUAGCAUUUGCAGGGACACAAGCUUUUUCGUUGCUUUAUGAUGCUUACAGUCAUCAAGAUCGCCUUCCCCCUAUUGGCUUUCUGCUGCUCUCUCAGCUUCCCUUCCCCUGUUUGAUCUCUGCCUUCUCCCUGGCCUUCCUCCUUCUUUCCCUGCACUCACGUAUGCGUCUUUCACUUCCACUUGCUAUUUCCACUUCAUUCUCAGCCUUGCCCAAACCUUGCCUAUUACUGUGGAUGUCCCUGUUGCAUUUUGGAGUCUCUCUAGGUUGUGUUGGCAUGCUCCAGUUCUUCCACACCCUCCCAAUUAUGAUUCUUUUAAUCCCCCAGGGUGUGUUUGUAUGCCUCACCAUUUUUCUUUCAUGCUCCUACCUCAUCUUUUACUGCUUAAUACAAGUUGAUACUAAACACAUUUAUAGGCUGAAUGACAAUGGAGAGAGUGGAGGAUCUCCCGAAGUGAUGCGACCUGCAAGUUGCCCCUUUGCCAAGGUGGAAGACUGGGGCAGGGCAGCAGGUGCUGGAGUAGGGGCUUCGUUGGGUUUGUUAGGAUGUGGAGGCCUACAGCUCUAUGCAAUCUUGCAUGCCCUUGGUUUGGGUGGGGUUGAUGGUUAUGGGUUCCAGCCCUGGCCCUGGUGGGGCUACCAGGUAGGCUGUAGGCUCUGUGAGGUUGGAGUGUGUCUAGGUUUGUCUCUAAUUGGCACACACCCUCUAUUCUGUCACAACAACUCCAUCAAGACCAUAACUCAUCCCCGGCCUGGUUCGUGGUCCCGUUUAUCCUGCAGUUCCCCUUCCCGAGGGCUCACCAUGCCCUCUCAGGGCAGUCCAAAUUCUCCUGUCCUCUCUUCUCAUGAUUCCUGGUCCCAGGGUAAACAAGAAAAGCAGGUGGUGUGUGAUGUCAUCUCUAAGGUACAGUCAGAGGGUCUCCCUCUUUGCUCCAUGGUGGAUCCUCCUGGAAAUGGGACUGACUGUGUCCCCAAAUUCAGCCAAACCCGGACUGCUGUACAACCUCUACUUACACCUCCAAGCCCUCCGCACAAGCCCAAAAAUGCAGCAGAGUCUCAGGUCUCCUCACUAGAUAGCAUAGGUCUAGAGACUGAUUCUACUGUGGACCUGCGGCCCCCAUCUCCCAUUGACUUGUCCCGCAGCAUUGAUCAGGCUCUGUUCAGUGAAUCUCUAUUCUCUCACAGUAUAUUUGGUUUGCCAAGACUGUUCCAUACCUCUUCCAGCCUUUCUUUGACCUCUCCUAGCCAAGGGACCUCAAAGCAAGGGUCCAGCUCUGUGGAAAACGCCUUAUACCGAACGUCUUCCUGUGGAGACAUGGAUCAAGAGAAUGCCUUGUCCAGUUCAAUACCUUCUCAGCCUCAUGGCUCUUUGACGUGUCAUAAUAAACCACCGACGUCACCAGAGCAACUAGAUUGGAAAGGGAGUGUCUCUGGCUCAACCCAGGGCCUGUGCAGCAAACCAAAGGAGAUAGGAAAGGUGCGAUCACAUUCCUGGGCCAACAGAGGACAACACUUUACUCAGAGCAACCUUCCAAGAGCAAUCCCCCACCUUUCUUACCACAGGCGUUACCGAACCCUAAGCUUAGCCUCACAGGACAGCCAGGGAUCUGGUCGACUGGCAGGCACUAAACACCUUAGUGAGAGCAAACAGCUGGAAUGGGAUGUGGCUGUACAGGCAGAGUUUGUCAACGUGUGCAGACAAAUUGAUGCUUUGAGUGUUUGCAGUGACACCAUUGAAUUAUAG